UGGAGAUUAGAUGACGUCAUGUUCUAGAGUUUAUAACUAGGUGUGGACAAAGAAUGUGAAGUAAAGUGACAAGUGUAUAAACGUUAUUGUGAAUACCAAUUAUGUUAAGUGCGAGAAGGUAGCACAGAAGCCAAGGGGACGAUCUAUCCUUGGCUUAAUUGUUAAUUUUUACUUUAGUUUAAGUGGGUUUUAUCGUGAAUUGUAGUGCUCCCCCGUGUUGUGCUCAAGAUGGCGCAUAAUAAUUUAGCCCCUAGUGUAAAUUGUUCCUUAGAUGACAUUGACUUAAAUGCUCUUAAGGAUCCUGCUGGAAUUUUUGAACUAAUUGAAGUGGUUGGCAAUGGGACAUACGGACAGGUGUACAAGGGUCGACACACGAAGACUGGACAGCUGGCUGCCAUCAAAGUUAUGGAUGUUACUGAAGAUGAAGAAGAAGAGAUUAAACUGGAGAUUAACGUCUUAAAGAAGUAUUCAAACCACCGUAAUAUAGCGACGUACUACGGUGCUUUUAUCAAGAAGUCACCACCAGGCAAGGAUGAUCAACUCUGGCUAGUCAUGGAGUACUGUGGCGCCGGCUCUGUGACUGACUUGGUGAAGAGCACUAAAGGUCAAUCCCUGAAGGAGGAGUGGAUCGCGUACAUCUGCCGGGAGAUACUACGAGGUCUGUCAUACCUUCACAGCAACAAGGUGAUUCACAGAGAUAUCAAGGGACAGAAUGUGCUGCUCACGGAUAAUGCUGAAGUCAAACUGGUGGAUUUUGGAGUGUCAGCCCAGCUAGAUCGGACGAUAGGUAGACGUAACACUUUCAUUGGUACACCUUACUGGAUGGCACCCGAGGUGAUAGCUUGUGAUGAGAACCCGGACGCUACCUACGACAACAGGAGUGACCUCUGGAGCUUGGGUAUAACAGCAUUAGAGAUGGCAGAGUCACAGCCACCUCUCUGUGAUCUCCAUCCCAUGAGAGCUUUGUUCCUCAUCCCCCGCAACCCUCCGCCACGACUCAAGUCCAAGAAGUGGGCCAAAAAAUUUCAUGGCUUUAUUGAGACAGUACUCGUGAAAGAUUACCACCAGCGCCCGUACACAGAGCAGCUUCUGAAGCAUCCAUUUAUCCGGGACCAACCAACCGAGCGCAAUGUCCGGAUCCAGCUCAAGGAUCACAUAGAUCGUUGCAAGAAGCGCAAGCAGGAAAAAGAACGAGAGGACUAUCGGUACAGUGGCAGUGAGAACGAGGAGGAGGAACCAGCUCUAGCAGGAGAGCCCAGCAGUAUAGUACAGGCCCCCGGCGACAACACGUUACGCAGGAACUUUCAACAGAUACAGGAGGGUAGAACAUUGACACAGAAUGAGACUAAGGAAACCAAACAUGGCCGCGACAAAGGCGACAGGGAGGAGAUCCCUGAGCCUGGGCCACCUGCUCGACCUCCCAUACCUCCUCAGCGACUUAUUGUUGUCCCUGACCCUCACCCACCAUCACGGCCCCUCCCUCCACCCCCAAGAGAGGAUAGGCAACAGAAACCUACUCCGCCCACACAAGCUCAACCCCCAUCUCAGCAGCAGCGCAACUCGCAUGUCUUCAAGCCUAUGCUGCCUCCAAGAAGACCUGAGGAUCUGGACAUGCUAGCAGCGCAGCUGAAUGAAUUAGGCGUACGGCCAGCGGCACCAGCAGUCGCAAGCAGUCGACAGAACGGAGCCACCAAGCCUCCAACGACCAGUAUAUUGGAUUCGGACAGUGAUGACAGCGAGGAGGAGGAGGAGGAGGGUGGAGCGGGCCCAGGGAGACAGGCCAAUGAUGGCACUCUGCUGGCCAGUGAUCCUCCCAAGCCACUCCCGGAAUUUUCCCCAUACAGGCCUGUUGACGCAGCCCAAAGUGCACUAAUCCAUGAGACAAAAGGUCCAGUAACAAGUGGUGGAGCUCCCAACAGACCACUGCCUCCUACUCCUGACGAGGAAGAGAGUGGAGACCGCACACUGGUCAUGCGCAGGAAACAGAAGCAGGAAGAAGAGUCGUUACUCAAGAAGUGGGAUUUGUCACACAUAUUGCAGCGUCUCGAUCGUAUGAAAGGGGAUGCUGAGGCCAAACAGGAUGAAAAGACCAAAAAGAGCUCCGAUAGUGGACAUAAGAGAAAUGGUUCUGACGGUUUUCGAGUAUUUCGUAGAGAAAAUUCAGACUUCUUUGUGCCUUCUGUGAGACACUCAGCAGUGUUUUUAGAGACUAAAAACAUUCGUCAAAACCCAUUCAAUUCAAGUUCAAGGCGGGGUUCGGACGUUGCCGGUUUAGCCAAUAAGUACUCUGGUCCCAAACCCAGUGAGCCUAUCCUGACAGACUUUAACCUGAGCGGUAGUGGCGGUGGUGGGGAGUGGCAGCCCACAAGGCCUAGACGAGAACGGACUGAGGGAGAUAUCGUCCUGCAGAGGUCAAGACAAGAACUACGAGAGAACCUUGAAGCCAGGAGAAUUGAUGUUGAAAUGAGGUUUUCCAGAGAAGCUGACAGGAUGAGAAAGAGAAACCCUCGACCGAUCACGGAGACUGAAGUGGCAAAUUCUCCAUCCAAUACGGAAGAAAGACAGAACCGUGAAGAGCGUCACCACCGUGGAGACCCGUCACCCGGCCAGCUCGCCACCCCUGGCUCACGCACCAGCUCGGUCUUGCCCGACCUCCUUACACAGACUUCGUCGUCUCCUGGCACCCCUAACCAGAGGCAGGACAAGUCUACCAGCGAGGAGUACCGUCAAGCUGUCAAUAAGCCUACUGGUUAUUCCCUACAGAAGCAGCGUUCGUUCCUGACAUUUGGGUUCAGUGCGGGCGGUGGCUCGCGGCGAGAGAGUCACGUCAAUGUCAAUGUCACCCCAACAUCUCAUGACCUCGCCUCCGACACACCCGAGAUCCGCAAGUACAAGAAGCGUUUCAACUCUGAAAUACUCUGUGCUGCACUAUGGGGAGUAAACCUGCUGAUCGGUACCGAGACAGGGCUGAUGCUUUUGGACCGCAGUGGGCAGGGGAAGGUGUAUCAGUUGAUCUCCAGACGACGGUUCCAGCAAAUGGAGGUACUGGAAGGCCAGAACAUCCUAGUCACAGUCAGUGGCAAGAAGAACAGGGUACGCGUCUACUACCUGUCCUGGCUGAAGAGCAAGAUCCUGCGCACGGAUGGAGUUAGUGAUCAAGUUGAGAGGCGUAAUGGCUGGAUUAAUGUGGGAGACCUCCAAGGUGCUGUCCACUUCCGCAUAGUCAAAUACGAACGUAUCAAGUUCCUUGUCAUUGCACUCAAAGACAGCAUUGAAAUCUAUGCUUGGGCACCAAAACCGUAUCACAAAUUCAUGGCCUUCAAGACGUUUGGUGAGUUGAUAUACCGACCCUUGCUAGUAGACUUAACAGUGGAGGAAGGAACUCGCCUCAAAGUCAUCUAUGGUUCUGCUGAUGGUUUUCAUGCGGUUGACCUGGACUCAGCCUCAGUCUACGAUAUUUAUCUUCCCAAACAUACUCAGGGGCCAAUCUCACCUCACUGUAUAGUGGCCCUGCCCAAUUCCAAUGGUAUGCAGCUGCUGUUGUGCUAUGAUAAUGAAGGUGUCUACGUCAAUACUUACGGAAAGGUGUCUAAGAACAUAGUACUGCAAUGGGGUGAGAUGCCCACGAGUGUUGCAUACAUCGGGACUGGCCAAAUCAUGGGCUGGGGUAACAAGGCUAUAGAAAUACGAAGUGUGGAGACUGGACAUCUAGAUGGAGUUUUCAUGCACAAAAAAGCACAAAGGCUUAAAUUUCUUUGUGAACGUAAUGAUAAGGUUUUCUUCUCAUCAGCAAAAGGUGGCUCAUCCUGCCAGAUAUAUUUUAUGACUCUCAACAAGCCUGGUAUGGCCAACUGGUGAUACCAUGAUUGUGAGUUUGACGAGUGAAAUACGACAGUCAUCUGCAGUGGUGCGAGAACAAAGCAGUCGCCAUCAAGUCUUGUACUGUGUUUGUUAAGUGUUUUGUUUGUUAAUAAUUUGUUAUACACUAUGAACUGUUUUAACAUAUCCUAGUCAAUUGGCCACUCACCACUUGAGCUUAUCUUUAUUGGUUGUUUGGCAACAACUGAUUAUUUCCUACUGGCUCUAGUUCAAAAUGUAUCAUACGAAUAAACUCACAGAAUAAUCAAUGAAUUAAGUUAAAGUCGGUUUAAAAUUUUGUUUUCUUAAAAAAAUUCUAUCAGCACUGCUGUGCCAGAUUUGUUACUUUUUAGCAGUUCUUAUUACAAUCUCUUACUGCUUUGUUUUUCAUAAUUGUUACAUUGCAUCCAAUUUAAUUAAAUUAUACAAUCAUCUCUGUUCUCAGGUAACUUUUACUGAGCAUCUUUACCACCCAAAAAACACACACACACACAAACAUAAAAUAGCAUAAAACUUCCCAUUCCCAUGUCAAAUUAAGGCAAAAUGUAACAAUACUGGUAUUAAUAACAAUUAUUUUCCCAACAAUAAAACUCUAAUGAUUCUUCAUAAAUAUUGGAAGUAUUGUAUCAAGUAAAUGACACAACACUGCUAGAUUACACCCUUGAUCUUGAUGGCUAAAGAAUAGUCAAGGUGUCAAAGUAUGAUUGAUUGGUUCUGAAAUGUUCAUCGGUAGAGUCACGUAAGGUGGCUGAAUAUUCUUGUCAUCUAUUUGUUCAAUCCGACCAUAAGUAGGUUACAUCAACAUUGUAUUGCUUUCAGCAGUUUCUCUUGUUUGUCUUCAUUUCACACUUCACAGAUUAGUUUAAUGAAGCAAAUAACUUAUAAUGAGGUAGUCAUGAAAAUAUAUACUGUGAACAUUUCAGUGCACUCUCUAAGUUUGUAAAGAUCUCAACAACUAAAAGGUUCUUCUCAUUUUUAUAUGCCAUUAUUUAUAUUUUGGUGAAAGUGCUACGAUGAACCAUUGGAUCUAAGAUUUCAGUUUUUCUAUCACAUUCAUUCUUAGUGUUUUUUUUUACAAAAUACUUCAAGAGUGUUAUGUUGCUUUGCUAUUUUAUUGCAAUCUCAAAGUGCAAAGGAUAUUCAUAUCAAUCAACAAUAUUUAUAAUUGAUUGUUUUCUUUUCUCUAAUCUGCUUUUCCCUAUCUCAAUGUUAAAAGUAUUCAGUAUAUGUCAAGACGUAUUAUGCCGAUUGUUUUCAGGUAAACAUUUUGUUUUAACACCAAGACUUGUCAGCACCACCCACUCGGACGCCAUUUCUAAAUACUUGUCAUUCUGAUUACCUUACCUUUGUGAUACAACUGUAGCACUCAAUCUUGUCACAGAUUUUGAUGGUGCAAUUUUACAAAUAGCUGUUUAGUUUUUUUAGCAUUUACACAUGGCUGUAUAGAUUAAGAUCUCUCGUUUUUGGAAUCUUGUUUGGUAAUUUAAAUGUGACUUUUUACUAAAUUGAUAUUGAAUAGAAUCACUUUUCGUUAUUUGUUUUAUAACGCUUUGUUUGUCAUAACCUGGAUGAAUUGGACAAAUCUGUGUUACUCUCGUACAAAUAUAAUAAUACAUUAAAUUUACAAUUAUUUUAGUGAUUCCAAACAAUAUUCCAACAACAAAUAUAAUAAUUCAGAUAUGUAAAAACAAAACAAAAAAUUUAUAAUGGUAUGCCACUCAUAAAGGACUGUGGGCAUUGGUUAAAAACACAAAAGUAGUUUUUAAUCUCCAAUAGUAAUUUUUGUCAAUUUUAGUUAAACUACUAAGUUUGUGUUUUUAGCCAUUGUUGUUUAAUAUGUUAGUCUUUCCAUCAAAUAUAUAUUUACUUAUUACUGUAAAUAUCCUUUAGAGUUUCUAUAUAAUUUCAAAUGUAUGUUUUGUUAUCCUCAUAUUCAUUUAUCAUUGUUAGUAAUAAUAUAUUUAUGCAUGACAUAUUUAUCCUUGCUUUUUAAUUUUUAUGUCUGAUUUUUUGUAGUUAUGUUAAAGCUCAGACUGCCAAGCAACUAUCUUGCCUCUUCAUUCCACUAUUUGAAAGACUUUAAAGCAAGUUUUCCUUUUUUUCUAUAGGUUUUAAACCACAUGUCAUGUUUUUGGAAAACAAAACUUUUAUAUACCUUCCCAUUAAAUCAAAAUUAAUAAUUUUGUAAAUAUGUAAUUUCCAACAGUUUUUUUGUACAGUUCUUCAUCUUUUGUAUAAAGAUUUUCAACUUUGUCUAUACUCAUUACGUUAUAAUUGAUAAUACCAGUAUAGUUUAAAUGUAUUAACUAUAUAUUUAAUUUGUAAAUUAUUUUAGGUUUUAUAGUCAAGAGAUUUAACUUAGAAUUAGUUAUUGACUCGACAACAUUUUGUGCUUCUGUGCGCGGUUUCAUGCUCAAAAUCUUACUUCGAGAGUUGCCAAAUGUUAUCUGUUUGUGUUAAAUUGUGUUCAAUCCUAAAAUGAAAAGGACGUAUGAAACUUAAUUAUUUAACUUUUAAUAACAGGUGUCUAAUAAUUUACUUAGCUUCACCGAGAAACAAUAUAUAGACUGAAUCAGUUAAAAAUAUCCAAACUUUAUUAUAUUUGGAACAAAACGUUCUAGUCUUAAUUAUUUUACUGGCUUUGUAUUCAACUCGUACUUUAGAUUUUACAAAAAUCUAUCACACUUUCUGUAAACUGUUUCUUGAACAGGUGGCAGUACUGCAUAUGGCAUAUAAACAGUUGUACAUGUUGUGUUACUUCCAUUAUUGACAUCAUUAAGGGACAUUUAGUCAUGAUAAAUUUACUGUUGCUUUUUAUACCUAUUAAAAUAUGAAACUGAA